GGGCGCCGGGCGGGGGCAGCGCGACCUCCACGCGGAGUCCCGGGACACAGCGACCUGCGCACCAGCUCUGACCCCACGGGGGUGCUGCGGGGAGGCUGAUUUACCUCCCCGAGCUGGGGCGGGUGCACAUGGACCUGAGGCUGUGGUUUCUCCCCAGGCUGAGAUGGAUUUCGAGAUGGGAAGCGUGGCCACAGUCCGGAGUUCUGAGAGAGCGUUGGCGGACUUUGAACUGGGUUACGGCAGCAACCAAGAUAGGAAAAAAGUGAAGAAAGUAAAUUUGAUUGGACCAUUAACUUUGUUUCGAUACUCUGAUUGGCAGGAUAAGUUAUUCAUGUCCUUGGGCACGAUCAUGGCCAUAACUCAUGGAUCAGGUCUCCCCCUCAUGAUGAUAGUAUUUGGGGAAAUGACUGACAGGUUUGUUAAUCCUGGAGAAAAUUUCUCCCUUCCAGUGAAUUUUUCAUUGUCAAUGCUAAAUCCAGGCAGAAUUCUGGAAGAUGAAAUGACUAGAUAUGCAUAUUAUUAUUCAGGAUUAGGUGCUGGAGUUCUUGUUGCUGCCUAUAUACAAGUUUCAUUUUGGACUUUGGCUGCUGGCCGACAGAUUAAGAAAAUUAGGCAACAGUUUUUUCAUGCUAUUCUACGAAAAGAAAUAGGCUGGUUUGACCUCAAUGACACCACUGAACUUAAUACACGGCUAACAGAUGACAUCUCCAAAAUUGGUGAAGGAAUUGGUGACAAGGUUGGAAUGUUCUUUCAAGCAAUAGCCACGUUUUUUGCAGGAUUCAUAGUGGGGUUUACCAGAGGAUGGAAGCUCACCCUUGUGGUAAUGGCCAUCAGCCCUGUCCUGGGACUCUCUACAGCCAUUUGGGCAAAGAUACUUUCCACGUUUAGUGACAAAGAACUUGCUGCAUAUGCCAAAGCAGGCGCGGUGGCUGCAGAGGCUCUGGGGGGCAUCAGGACCGUGAUAGCUUUCGGGGGCCAGAACCGAGAGCUGCAAAGGUACCAGAGACAUCUAGAAAAUGCCAAAAAGAUUGGAAUUAAGAAAGUUACUUCAGCAAGCAUUUCCAUGGGCAUUGCCUUCCUGUUAAUAUAUGCAUCGUAUGCUCUGGCCUUCUGGUAUGGGUCCAUUCUAGUUAUAUCAAAAGAAUACACUAUUGGAAAUGCAUUGACAGUCUUUUUCUCGAUCCUGAUCGGAGCUUUCAGCAUUGGACAGGCUGCUCCCUGUAUCAAUGCUUUUGCCAAUGCAAGAGGAGCAGCAUAUGCCAUCUUUGACAUUAUUGAUAAUAAUCCUAAAAUUGACAGUUUUUCAGAGAGAGGACACAAACCAGACAACAUCAAAGGCGCUUUGGAGUUCAACGGUGUUCAUUUCUCCUAUCCAGCUCGACCUGAUGUCAAGAUCUUGAAGGGCCUCAGCUUGAAGGUUCAGAGGGGGCAGAUGGUGGCCCUGGUUGGGAACAGUGGCUGCGGGAAAAGCACCACGGUCCAGCUGGUGCAGAGGCUCUAUGACCCUGAUGAGGGUAUGAUUACCAUCGAUGGGCAGGAUAUUAGGACGUUCAAUGUGAGGUACCUGAGGGAGAUUAUUGGAGUGGUGAGUCAGGAGCCAGUGCUAUUUUCUACCACAAUUGCUGAAAAUAUUCGUUAUGGCCGUGGAAAUGUCACCAUGGAUGAAAUAAUGAAGGCUGUCAAGGAAGCCAACGCCUAUGAGUUUAUCAUGAAAUUACCACAGAAAUUUGACACCCUGGUUGGAGAGAGAGGGGCCCAGCUGAGCGGUGGACAGAAACAGAGAAUCGCAAUCGCUCGGGCCCUGGUUCGCAACCCCAAGAUCCUCCUGCUGGACGAGGCCACUUCGGCGCUGGACACUGAGAGUGAAGCUGAGGUCCAGGCAGCUCUGGAUAAGGCCAGGGAAGGCCGCACCACCAUUGUGAUAGCACACCGACUGUCUACAAUCCGAAAUGCCGAUGUUAUCGCAGGGUUGGAGGAUGGAACAUUAGAAAGUCAGACGCAGUCAGAACUAAAUGAUGAAGAGGCUUUGGCUCCAAAUGGCUGGAAAACUCAUCGCAUAGUUAGGAAUUCUACUCAUAAAAGCCGCAGGAAUUCACGAAAGCGUCAGAGUGGCCUUGAUGAGGAAACCAGUGGAUCUGAUGAAGAUGUGCCACCAGCGUCUUUUCUGAAGAUCCUGCAACUGAAUAAGACGGAAUGGCCCUACCUCGUGGUGGGAACACUGUGUGCUAUUGCCAACGGAGCCCUCCAGCCUGCCUUCUCCAUCAUCUUCUAUGAGAUGAUAGCCAUUUUUGAGCCAGGAGAUGAUGAAGUGAAGCAGCAGAAAUGCAACAUGUUCUCACUGCUUUUCUUAGGUCUGGGAAUUAUUUCUUUUUUCACUUUCUUCCUUCAGGGCUUCACAUUUGGAAAAGCUGGCGAGAUCCUCACCACACGGCUUCGAUCAAUGGCUUUUAAAGCAAUGCUGAGACAGGACAUGAGCUGGUUUGAUGAUCAUAAAAACAGUACCGGUACGCUUUCUACAAGACUUGCUGCAGAUGCCUCCCAAGUCCAAGGAGCCACCGGGACCAGGUUGGCUUUAAUUGCGCAGAAUACAGCUAACCUUGGAACUGGGAUUAUCAUAUCAUUUGUCUACGGUUGGCAGUUAACCCUUUUGCUGCUAUCGGUUGUUCCCGUUAUUGCUGUCUCAGGAAUUGUUGAAAUGAAAUUGCUGGCUGGAAAUGCCAAAAGAGAUCAAAAAGAGCUGGAAACAGCUGGAAAGAUUGCAACAGAGGCAAUAGAAAAUAUUACUACAGUUGUGUCCUUGACCCAGGAGAGAAAUUUUGAAUCAAUGUAUGCCGAGAAACUUUACGGAGCUUACAGGAAUUCUGUGCGAAAGGCACACAUCUAUGGAAUUACUUUUAGUAUUUCACAAGCAUUUAUGUAUUUUACCUAUGCCGGUUGUUUUCGAUUUGGUGCCUAUCUCAUUGUGAAUGGACACAUGCGCUUCAGAGACGUUAUUCUGGUGUUUUCAGCAAUCGUGCUUGGCGCCGUGGCUCUAGGACACGCGAGUUCCUUUGCUCCAGAUUAUGCCCAAGCCAAGCUGUCUGCAGCCUGCUUAUUUAGGCUGUUUGAAAGACAACCAUUGAUUGACAGCGACAGUGAGGAUGGCCUGAGGCCCGAUAAGUUUGAAGGAAACGUAACACUUCAUGAAGUUGUGUUCAAUUAUCCCACCCGGCCCAACGUGCCUGUGCUUCAGGGGCUGAGCCUUGAGGUGAAGAAGGGCCAGACCCUGGCCCUGGUGGGCAGCAGCGGCUGUGGGAAGAGCACGGUGGUCCAGCUCCUGGAGCGGUUCUACGACCCCUUGGCUGGGAAAGUGCUCCUAGAUGGUCAAGAUGCAAAGACACUCAACAUCCAGUGGCUCAGAGCCCAACUGGGAAUCGUGUGCCAGGAGCCCAUCCUGUUUGACUGCAGCAUUGCCGAGAAUAUUGCCUACGGAGACAACAGCCGGGUUGUGACAAUGGCUGAAAUCGUGAGUGCGGCUGAAGCAGCCAACAUACACCCCUUCAUCGAGACCUUACCCCAGAAGUAUGAGACCAGAGUGGGAGAUAGGGGGACUCAGCUUUCGGGAGGUCAGAAACAGAGGAUUGCUAUUGCCCGGGCCCUCAUCCGACAACCUCGAAUCCUGCUGUUGGAUGAAGCCACAUCUGCUCUGGAUACGGAAAGUGAAAAGGUUGUCCAAGAAGCCCUGGACAAAGCCAGGGAAGGCCGCACCUGCAUCGUGAUUGCUCACUGCCUGUCCACCAUCCAGAACGCAGACGUGAUCGUGGUGAUUGAGAACGGCAGAGUCAUGGAGCAUGGCACGCAUCAGCAGCUGCUGGCACAGAAAGGCAUCUAUCAUUCCAUGGUCAGUGUCCAGGCCGGGGCACAGAACUCUUGUUAUAGUGUAUCUUAAAAAUAAAUUCAAAUCAUUCUACAACUUUU